AUGGGUAAGCCUUGGCAGCAUGGGAAAGGCAAAGGGCAUCGUGACAACGGCAUGGGUCUCCUGCAUGGCAUAGCACGUCGCUUCCAGGAGCAGCAACAGUUGUCGAUGCUUGGACCUAUGCGCGCAUCUGCUGGGUUUGGUCAGCCGGCAUACCCUGCCAUGGGGCAUUGCCAGCCCAAUCAGAUUCCCGUGCAAACGGCAGCUUCGUUGCCGCAACCGUUUGCUGCAAUGCCGAAACCAUCCACCGUGUCCUUUCCCGUGAAUGCACACCCUCAGUUUUCGCAGAUGUGCUUCGCAGGGAUUCCUGCACAAAGUGCUUACCCCCACGAGGUGGCUGGGCACGAUGCUCCUUCUGGCAGCGCAAGUUCCGUAAUGUCAGCCAUCAGUGCCUUAACAGGCUCGGUUCAGAAGUUGGUGUCUCAAUUCGCUGGAACGUCUGGGAAGGAUUCACAGACCAAAGCGGAUUCCGAAGCCCACGCUUCUGAGCAUGCACAGAAAGCCAUGGCUGGAGAACCAACGGAGCUGCUCCAUGAUCUUCUUCGCCUCGCAAAGCGUGGGAUUGAGACUUCAGAGUCAAAGACUGAUCGGAAGCGUGGCAAAGGCAAGAACGAUGGCGAUGCUUUGUCAUCCAUCAUUGAAGCCGUGUUGAACCCAACGCCUGAUGAAGACGAGACACAGCAAGUGCUUGAUGAUGACACCAAAGAAUUUUUGGCCAAGCGCCUUGCCAAAGCCGUGUCAGAUGGGACCCUGGCCUUCCCGAAGAAGCGAGCCAGGAAAACUGCGGAGUCUUGA